AUGGCCGUCACCUGCACUCACUUCACCGACUGGAAUUUGCCUGGCAAAAGUGUCCAGCCCUACUUGAAGGGGCAAAAUGGUAUUUGUGAAGCCGUUCAGGCCAUGUACGUGGCAGGCGGAUAUAAGUCCUCGUCCAUUGUUCAACUCUACGUAUACACCACCGACUGGGUCCAGACCCUAAGAAUCGCUUUGCCCUCCGCCUUUGGGCGAUCCACACAGGCUGCGACCUUGCCGUUUUUCGUAUCACAGAAUGGCCCGAGGACGACAUCGGGAAUGAUGUUGUUAAGGAAGAGGACAUCCAUUUGGCCGCACAGGAGGAAUGUUGCGGGCUCAGAAACGCUUCCCGGAUGCAAUUCUGGUCGGUUGGGUACAACCUUGCUGUCGGUCUGGACGACCUUCACAACGCUUCAGAGCUUUUUACUCAAGACGACACGACGGCGAGAAGAUGGCGAUUUUUCACCGACACGUCCGGAGUUCCUUCUAGCGAACAUGAGGACUGUCAGCUUCGGCACGAAGAUUGGACAUCCUUCUGAAGCUAAGCAUCACCAGGGGUGCCUUGAGCUAAGCGCAUGGUACGGACGAUCAGGCCCAAUGGUCUGCGCCGAGAAAGACGGAAGCUCGGUCAUCAUCGGCAUGGUCCAGGGAGGCACUAAAGAUUCUGAUUGUAACCUCAUCUUGCUUUUCAACACCGAAAUGCGAGACUGGUUGCAGGCGGCUACCGAUCUGAGGGAGAGUUUGAAUACACAUGCGAUUCGGAGGUGCGUUGUUGUGGUCCACUGA